AUGACGAUCAUUCGUCCUGGUGACGAUACGAAACAUAGGCAGGAUAUUGAGGAACAAGGAGGCUUCUACACACUAUCACAUCGAUGGGGUAAUGCCAAAGACUAUCCAUACUGGCAAGUGGGUGACUUUAUUACUGAUCUGGAUGGGGCUCCUGCUGCUCCGGUGCCCAUGGUUCCCGAAAAGCGUGACACCGUCUAUGCCUUGCUUCGAUCUCACCCUGGUUAUUGGUGGAUUGAUGUGAUUUGUGCACGUGUUGAUACACCUCUUGUCAUUAUGGGCAGCAUUUAUCGUUGUUGCAAAACGUGUCUUGCUAUGGUGGAUUGCCCUACGGACACAAUGCGCUUGUUAUCGCGGGAAUCCCUGAGGCCAUUCAACAACCACGUGGUCACAAGUUGUCUUCGCGUCCAAACGGCCGUGAUCGAUGUUCGCUAUGAUCCUGAUCGUUCUAUUGUACGCGAGAUCAUCACGCCACGCGCCAAGGAUCAUUAUCAAUUACUCAACCACUUUCAGGAACACAUCCAAGCCAUGUAUCGUCUUUUGGCAUGUCAAUGGUUCGAUCGAGUUUGGACGCUCCAGGAACUUGUAUUGCCUUUGAGGGUGCUGAUGGUGUCCGAUAACGGAGGCCUAUCAGGUGUUAACGAGCAAGUGGAUAUUGCAUCUAUCAUGCAAAUCGCCAAUUCACUGGUACCAUGCGAAUACGACAUCUACUUGGAAGAUGAUAAAGUCACUGAAAUUGAUUCAGGCAAGUCAAGAGCAUAUGGAUACUUGGAUGGAUUUGACAUUUACCGCGAAAGCUGCAGCAAUGAUUUAUAUGGGCUUUAUUCAUUAAGUGAUUUGUUUGACAACUUUAGCACAUGCACACGAUCAUGCAUGGAUCCUGUGGAUUACGUCUAUGGCGUGCUGGGAUUACUUGAUUUGGACAUUACGCGUAUGAAUGAUGCUGACCUGGUUUGGCAAACAUUCCUUUCCAAGCUUAAUGAACGUCUCAACCGCAUGAUUGAUCAAGUAACACAAGGCAAAGUCUCGUUUACCAUCAAUGAAGAAAAGGUCGAUUUGACCAAGGCGACGAAUAUGGCAGACGUUUACAAGGGAUUAUUGAAAUUUCAAUUUGAUGAACAAGCUGAUCUUGAUCAAGCACAAGAAGCAGGGAAUCUUGGCAAGUACAUACACACAGACGACGAGGACAUAAUAUCUCAUGCAUCAUUCGAUCAAGUGAGGAGUGCUGCAGAUACUUUGGUAGAAUCAAAACAAGCAGCAGCUGUUACUUCAACAUAG